AUGCACCCGCUUGCCACACCGGCCUCCGAAGCUCCGAAAGAAAUAAGAAAUCUGCUUCAGAAAUCACAAACCCUACCUAGCCCACUUCCCACUCCUCGUUCACUUUUGCCGCUCCAGCGCUUGCUCAUCUCCCCACCGGUGCGCCGCUCUCGCCGCACCGGCCUCCAAAGCUCCGACCAUCACCCCAUCGGCUUCCAGAGCUUGCUCAUAUCCCUAAUUCAGGAAGACAUCACCCAUGACCUCCAGCACAACUUGUACCAACCUGCUUAUAUAACAGUAUUGCCAAAUAUAAAACGAUAA